UAGAGAGGUUAUGUUCCUUCGGCCAACAGGUUUGACUAAUCGUCUAUAUCGCUAAGAGCAUUAUAGGUGCGAAAACCAAUGGUAUUACCUUCAAUCCUUCUUUCAACUUCCCCAAAUACGUAGCAAUCCUACACCAGACUCACUUUGCCCCCCAAGAACUGAACAUUGGAAAACAUCUUAUAACGGAAACAUAAUAUUGUUAUUUUCCCCAGCGUCACUUUAUAUAAUCGCUAUAUAUGUUGAGGAAAUAUAUAAACUUAACUCCUCAAUGAUGUAAAAUAUAUUACAUCGCACUGUCUUUCAUAGCACCACCUCACUCGCUUCAUACGUAGCAUAGCGAAAAUUGCAUUCCAAAAUUAAACCUCUUCGGGACCAGAAAGUAGUUGCCGGCUCAAAAAAAUUCAAAUUCUAAAAGAAAAAGCAACGAAGUUCCCUACUCUCUUAAAAAAAAAACGAUCUAUUACAUUAUAGUGUUGGAUAAACUAAGUGAUAAAAUAGUCGUGGCUUGAAUGAUUUUUGGAUAUAGAUCUGAGCUCAUCUGAAGUCAAGAAAUAUAUUAAUAGUCAGGGGAGAGCACCGACAGUUCUAACUGAGAUUUACCUCCCCUAAUGACGCUAUGGACCAAAUGCCUCGUUCCCAAUUGUCAGUCAUUAUAAUAAUAAAUUGUUAAUUUUACAGUUUAUGAAUGGAAACGUGUUUCGCUGAUGACUACACCUAAUCUCACUAUCAUAUUAUGAAUGGAUGUCAUUCUGGAAAGAAAUCACUGUCACACAGAUAUAUUUGUCUCGACCUACAAUGCCGUAUCAUCUACCAUUGCAGUAUUAAACAAGAUUUCCCUUAAUUGUUGCUGCUGUCUCCAGGCACCUAAUCCAACCGUGGCAUACAGACUGAGCAGAAAACUCUUGUCCGUCAAGUCACAUUAAAAUGUGUAAGUGUUUUCUUAAAUCCCUGUCAUAAGCAACAAUGUACGACAAGAAGUGUGGUAAGGAUUCUUUACGAAAUAUCCUCGCCGUAAAUUGUUGACACUUGUAAUUCAAACCCACUCCGCGACUCUUAUUCCGCAAUCUGUUCUUCUCUCGUCGAAAGUUUUUUACACUAAAUUACACAUAUACUGUUUAGUUUUCGUUUAUUAAUUCAAUUCUCACUUAUUUUCAUAUCAAUAGAUGUCUCUCGAUUCAAUUUUCCACAAUGCUUUUUGCCUUCUGUUCCUUAUAGUUUGCUGUUUUCGUAAAAAAACAAAUGAAUCAACAAACAUAACAAACAAACAGGGCAUUCAUUCAGAAGAAAACAAACAUUCCACCACGAAAAAGAAAAAAAGUAGAAAAACAAAGCAUUUCUUCAUCUUCCCAUGCACACACACACACACACACACGUACAACAAAUAUUUGCCCCGAUUCUGCAAUAUCUUCGAUAACCUCGAUAUUGUAUGCCACGCUGUUAUGUCCAAAAAACCCCAGUUGGUCAGUGAUGAACGUUGACUGAUGUCGACCAACAAUUAGGGUCCUUAAAACAAAUACAUCGACAUAAUGCUGUAAACCAAAUCACGAUGUAGCAUUAAUUUCAAAUUCCAGAAAUCAGUUGAUUUAUUGACAUCAAAAGAAUUCUCAGGUCGGAACGACUUCCCCCCAUCACCAAAAAUGUUGCUUCGCACACAAAUGGCUGGCUUAGAUUUUUAUGAUGCAGUCUUAAACAACGAACUUGCUCAGUUGAAGCGUCUCGUUGCACAAUAUAAAAUUGAUCUCAAUGCUAAAUUUGUUGAGGUCCGCAAAAAGAACCAUGCUGAUUUGUGUCCUAUUCAUCUAACAUCAUAUCGUGGAUAUACUUAUAUGUUACAAUAUUUGAUAGAGUCUAAAUGUGAUGUCAACCAAACGACAACAACUCUUCGAAGGACAGCUUUACACUUUGCAGUUCUUAAACACCGAAUGGCCUGUAUGAUCCUUCUAAUUGGAGCCAAAGCUAAACUUGAUGUAAAAGAUACAUUUGGCAAUUCUCCAUGCCACUAUGCUGCAGAUGAUGGCUAUUGUCAAAUCCUGGAUGUGCUCAUCCGACGGGGGGCUGAUGUUGACUCUCAAGAUAUUACAUCCAAAACUCCACUUAUGAAAGCUGUUCGAAAUACCAAAACAGAUGCUGUUUUAAAAUUAAUUCGUGCCAAUUGUAAACUGAAUAUUACUGAUCGGAAUAGUGACAUGGCACUUCAUUAUGCUGCACGCAACGGUGGAACAGAUAUCAUUGAUCUUCUAAUGGCAUCAGGGAGCCAAGUGGAUGUUCAGAACUAUUGGGGACGUACUCCAUGCAUGGAAGCUGUCUGUUACAACCAGAAAGAAGCAGUUGCUUUAUUGAUCAGAGUCAACUGUGACUUGAACCGGAGAGAAUUCAAAACUGGUGACACAGCACUGCACAUUGCUAUUCGAAGAAACUAUACAUCUGUUGUGAGGCUACUACUGGCAGCUGGUAGUCAGCAUGAUAUUUAUAACCAUCAGGGAGAGACAGCUGCAUAUGAUGCAGUGAUAUCUAAUAAAAUUGAAAUCAUUCAAAUGAUGAUUGAACACAACUGUGACCUUGAAGUACCUGGGAAAUAUUACUCGGAUGGAAUAUACAAAUCUUUGUUUCAGAUUGCUGCAGAGAAGGGUAAUUUUGAAAUGUGUCGUCUUUUAGCAAGAUUUGGUUAUCUUGAUUUCAGCGCCAGGAUGUACUUCUACACAAACUACUUUCCCACACGAGUCAAUGACACAGAGGCUGUAGUUCAGUGGCUUCGGAAAAAGUUGCAAACUGUCACAUCUCUACAAGUCUUAUGCCGCAAAUGUAUUCGCAAACGCCUUGGUCACAAGAUAGUUCAAAAUGCUGAAGAUCUUCCAGUUCCUCGUGCUCUCAAAGAUUAUGUCAUUAUCAAAGAAAUGCAUGAACAAAUGAUGAGUACAUGCUGAAAGUAAUUCAACAUCACUUAAACAAUGAAACAAUACUUUUAUAAAUAUAAAUAUAUGACUGUAUCCAGAUAUAUAUAUAUAUAUA